UUCCAUACUUUCUUAAGAUCAAAAUUGUACGACUAGUUUACACUUUCUGGGACGGCCGAGUGAUAUGUGCUGAGCAUCGAAGCCAACUUAUAGUACGUCAAUCCAGACAUCCAGCAGUCUCUCAGUUUCGUGUCCAAGUACAGACAGGGGAGCUAUAUGGACCAGGCCGGCGCGGGGGAGGCCACGGCGGUGGCGGCGGCUGUGUGCGUGACGGGCGCGGGAGGCUUCAUCGCCUCGUGGCUCGUGGAGCGCCUCCUCGCCAGAGGAGACUACGCGGUGCAUGGCACCGUUCGUGACCCCAGCGACCCCAAGAAUGACCACCUGAGGACGCUGGACGGCGCCGGCGAGCGGCUGCGGCUGUUCAAGGCCGACGUGCUGGACUACGCGAGCGUGGCGUCCGCCGUGGCCGGCUGUGCCGGCGUCUUCCACGUCGCCAGCCCCUGCCCCGCCGCCAAAUCCACGAACCCCGAGGUGGAGCUGCUUGCCCCGGCGGUGGCCGGCACGCUGAACGUGCUCCGGGCCUGCCGCGAGGCCGGCGUCCGCCGCGUCGUGGUGGUGUCGUCGGUCCGCGCGAUCUUCAUCAACCCCAACCCUCCCGAGGGCCCCACCAUGGACGAACACUGCUGGUCGGACGAGGAGUACUGCAGAGCCACCGAGAGCUGGUACUGCCUCUCCAAGACGCUGGCCGAGCGCGAGGCCUGGGCUUACGCAGAGAAGACCGGGCUAGACGUGGUGACCGUGUGCCCGCCGCUGGUGUUCGGGCCUCUGCUGCAGCCCACGGUGAACACCAGCAGCUUGUUCCUCAUCAGAUACCUGAAAUGCGACGGCGUGGACGCCAUGGACGACGGGGUGAGGAACAUGGUGGAUGUCAGGGACGUCGCCGACGCCCUUAUGCUGGCGUACAAGAGCCCGGAGGCGGCCGGCCGCUACAUCUGCAGCGCGCACGCCAGGAAGGUGUCCGAAAUGGUUUCCGUCGUCAGGAGCCUGCAUCCCAACCUGAACUACCCAAACGAGUUCGUUCAGCUGGUGGGGGAUGAGAAGGUGUUCAGCUCCGAGAAGCUGCAGAGGCUGGGGUGGAAGUUCAGGAUGUUGGAGGAGACGAUGAAGGACAGCGUCGAGUCCUACAUGUCUGCAGGCAUACUGAGCUGAGCUUGGCUAUGGUGUCAUCGAAUAAAUAAUUUUACCCAUGCAGGGAUGUACCCGUGGGCAAUCCACCGUUAGGUUUUAUACUUUACUAGAUGACCAGUUGCGCCAUUGGCGCAAAGGCCAAGAGUAAGCCAUGUAUUGAAAGAGUGUUCAUUAAUAUUAUUUGGUCAUAUAUUAAUAUGAGAAAAA